AUGGGAGGAGGCAAAAAGGGUCUGGAGAGUGCGAUCGUGUGCCUACUCGUGCUGGGGCUGGUCCUGGAGCAGGUGCAAGUAGAGGGCGUGGACUGCGGCGCAAACCCCUUCAAAGUGGCCUGCUUCAAUUCUUGCCUUCUCGGUCCUAGUACAGUGUUCCAGUGCGCAGACUUCUGUGCUUGUCGACUCCCCGCGGGCUUGGCCUCUCUACGCAGCUCCGAUGAACCAAACGCCAUUGAGUAUUGCAGCUUGGGAUGCAGGUCUUCUGUGUGUGACAACGUGAUCAGCACAGCUGACAACACUGAAGAGAUGAAGCUCUAUGUGAAACGCUGCGGUGAUGCUUGUGACAGUUUCUGUAAGGGGGAUACUCUCUUGGCAUCCCUUGAUGACUAA